UGGUGGAAAUGUUGGAGUUGGGGAGGGUCGACUUUGAGGUGACAUUGACGCUAUGUAGAUGAGAGUGAGGAUCCUGCGCUCCAUGUUACGUCCCUGCUCGCUUCAACUCAGAAGGCGGCAGCUCCUUUCCCCGUCUUCUCUCCCCUCCUCUCUUUCAGCACCACUCCUUUCAGGACAGUACCUCGCUCUCAAAGACGCCCUUGUCCACCAUCCUUCCCCCUAAGGAUCAUAUAUUGGCUCGCUUGCUUCUGAUGCAAAGUUUUUUACCUUGGUUUUAUUCUUGAGGUGCAAGGAAAUAACUUUUUUUUUUUGUUUCCAGAUCCGGAUUUUUCCCAACGGGGAAACAAUCUGGAAACCAAAAGGAUUUUAUUGGUCGCAGGACCUCCACUAGCUGCACCUGCAUCUUCUCUUUCUCUCCCUUCCCCGAAUAAUCAUCCGUCCCCGGCUGUUAUCUGCGAGCUGGACGACGGAGACGCUGCUCUCUCCCAGGACCGGUGCUGAAAUUCCCUCCUCUCCACUGGUCAGGACUAUCCAACACGUGCUGUCACCAUGGCCACCAACGGGACCAAAGCCUCGGACGGGCACGUCUUAACGGAGACGGUGAACGACGCGCCCAGCACCACGCCAAACGACAAACCCAAAACCUUGGUGGUGAAAGUGCAGAAGACAAAAAAAGAAUUGCCCGAGAGAGAAACGUGGGCUGGGAAAUUUGACUUUCUUCUCUCUUGUGUGGGAUACGCAAUCGGACUCGGGAAUGUCUGGAGAUUUCCUUAUUUAUGUGGAAAAAACGGAGGAGGGGCCUUCUUGAUUCCCUACUUUUUGACCCUCAUAUUUGCUGGCAUGCCCUUGUUCUUUCUGGAGACGGCUCUCGGUCAGUACACGUCAAUUGGAGGGCUUGGAGUGUGGAAGCUGGCACCUAUGUUCAAAGGUGUAGGUCUGGCUGCUGCUGUUCUGUCCUUCUGGCUAAAUAUCUAUUACAUUGUUAUCAUUUCCUGGGCUAUUUACUACCUGUACAACUCCUUCACUACAGAGCUGCCAUGGCAGAGUUGUGGCAAUCCCUGGAACACAGAUCGCUGCUACACCAACUACAGCAUCACUGACACCAGGAACCUCACCAGCGCCGUGGUGGAGUUCUGGGAACGUAAUAUGCACCAGCUGACUGAUGGUCUGGAGAAGCCUGGGGAGAUCAGGGUCCCACUAGCUAUUACCCUGGCCAUAGCAUGGGUGCUGGUCUAUUUCUGUAUCUGGAAAGGGGUCAGCUGGACUGGCAAAGUGGUGUACUUCUCAGCCACGUACCCUUACUUCAUGCUGUUCAUCCUGUUCUGCCGUGGCGUUUCUCUACCUGGUGCAUAUGAUGGAAUCCUCUUCUAUAUCACACCGGACUUUGAAAAACUGAAGGAGUCUGAGGUGUGGCUGGAUGCUGCCACUCAGAUCUUCUUUUCCUACGGGCUGGGAUUAGGCUCUCUGAUCGCUCUCGGCAGCUACAAUCCCUUCAAUAACAACGUAUACAGAGAUUCUGUCAUUGUCUGCUGCAUCAACUCCUUCACCAGCAUGUUCGCUGGCUUUGUCAUCUUCUCCAUCGUGGGAUUCAUGGCCAAUGUAACAAAGAGACCCAUCGCUGAUGUGGCAGCCUCAGGACCUGGCCUGGCAUUUUUGGCAUAUCCUGAGGCCGUCACUCAGCUGCCAAUCUCUCCUCUCUGGGCCAUACUCUUCUUCUCCAUGCUGCUGAUGUUGGGAAUUGACAGCCAGUUCUGCACUGUGGAAGGCUUCAUCACGGCUUUGGUUGACGAAUUCCCUCAUAUUCUACGGAAACGCAGAGAGAUCUUCAUUGCAGUUGUCUGCCUUAUUUCUUACAUCAUUGGACUGUCCAACAUCACACAGGGUGGGCUGUACGUGUUCAAGCUUUUUGACUACUACUCAGCUAGUGGGAUGUGCCUGCUCUUUCUGGUUUUCUUCGAGUGCAUCUCAAUCUCCUGGUUUUAUGGUGUAAACAAAUUCUAUGACAACAUUGAGGAGAUGAUCGGCCACAGGCCCUGUCUGUGGUGGAAGGCCUGCUGGGUCGUUUUCACUCCACUCAUUGUGGCCGGCGUCUUCUUGUUCAGUGCAGUGCAGAUGGUCCCCCUGACCAUGGGUGACUAUGUGUUCCCAGGCUGGGGCCAGGGGGUCGGCUGGUUGAUGGCCCUCUCCUCCAUGGUCCUCAUCCCUGGUUACAUGGGCUACAUGUUCCUCAAUCUCAAAGGCACAUACAAAGAGCGUCUGCGGAUGAUGAUCAAGCCUUUGGCACUGGUGAAGGCUCAGGAAAACGGCCCGGAUCAGCAGACUGAGAACCAGAGUCAGAACCCUGCCAAUGAGGAAGCCUACAUCUAGAAACUUCUGCCUGUCUCUCUGUCUCGACAACGGACAGACUGGCUUCUCUACACAGAAAAAACAUAAUCAAGGUUGGGAACGACCACCAGACGUCUAUGUCUGCUUUUAUUCACCUACCUCCUGGGGACACGUGAGACCAACCUGAUUAUAUGCUUAUUUUUAGGGGUUUUUCUGUUUGUUUAUUUGUAUGAUACAGAGUUAUAAACUUAUGAAGAAAAAAAAAACAAAAUACCCAGCAAAAUUGUUGUGAUAUUAUGAAUUUCAUUAUGCAAAAAAGGUUAGUCUUUUUAGAAAAGGAAAUGUGACUUAGGAAAUUACUGUAUAUUGAGUAUAUAAUUUAAAUUUGGAGGCCCACAUUGAUUCAAUAGUAAUGUGCUACAUUAAAGAUAGUUAAUAUACUAAACUACAAUUACUGCACAAAGAAAAAUAUCGGUUAAUUGCAUUUUGCUUGUACAUGAAAUAAAUACAUUAAAUGAAUGCAGUGUAGUUGGUGAAGACUCAGUUUGAAAGUUUGUAAAUUAAAAUUAAAUAUUGACCACUUUAAGGCAAAGAGAAUCUGGGAAUGUGCAACAGGUAAGGCCAAAUCUGCUUGUAUGUGUAAACUAUCAUUUAGCUAGAAAACCAUCCUCCCCUUUGCAGGAUCUUGCAGUUUGCCUGAAAUGUUUACCACCCAUGUCUGGGAUUAUUUGAAAAGCACAAGCAUAGUAUGGGAUUUUGAAAUGUCCAACUUACUUUUGGCUCGAUUUCAUCUUUGAAAACAGCAAAAUAACUGACAAAGAAAACACAGCUAGAGACUGUUAUACUUGUUUCUUUGUUUUCUAAAGAACAGUAACUUUCUAUGUUGUCUGAAUCUUUUUUGUAGAAUUAUUUGAAGUCGUUUUCUAUAUGUGAGAGUGAGAAGGACCAAAAUUAUACUCAAGGUAAAAGUGUGGUGCAAACAUUUGUCCCUGAUGACAAUGGCUGAGUCUGAAACCGCAUACUUUAAUAUUAUUCAUGCUAGUUAUGAGAAAAUAGAACGUUCUGAAUGCAAUUGUGUGUAUGUGAGAAAUCCCUGGAAAUAUAUAGUAGAGUCUCUUGAGUAUUACUCAACUGCAGCCCUACAAUCUAUCCAGUGAUGGAGCUAUCCAUCCAACCAACAAGUGGCAUAAAAAUAAACAUACCGAUACUGUAAUAUGUUUUAUAAAUGGUCAAAAAUGAGUCAAAUAACUACAUAGGUAUAAAAGGUCUGACAGUCAAGCAAGCUUGAUGCCAGCUGAUUUGAGAUAGCUUGGAGAAUUUACCACCUAGAAGAUGAGUGUUAGCAUGGCACUGACAACACACUUAUGGUCCGGUUAGCAUGCAGUAAAUUCUGUUUUGAGUAUGUAGUCAGUAUGUAAGUAUGUGGUUUUGGAGCAAGCUUGUUUGUGGAUUAAAUCAUGUGUCCAUUUUGUCUCAACAGGGUGUAAUAAGAAUUACAGAAUCAUCUAAAAGCACAAUUUUGGAUGUGUAAACUACUAUCCUUAACAGUAAAGGUGUAGCUAACACAUAAAUGUCACAUUUGCACUGUGCAUCCCUCAGAGUGUUUGAAGUCUGAUAUAUCCUUCUCCUGAGCACUAAUUCUCAUUGAUAUGAAAACUUUGAGAGUGAAUAAGCAGCAGUGGCAGCUUCAUUGGAGCCUUCGCCAAUAGCUACCACUAUUCUGACUGAAACCGUUUACUUGUAUCUAUUUAGUAAGCCAUUUCUCAGGAACAAAGGUGGACGUGACCAAAUUAUCUCAGAAACUACCGUUAUACACUGAAAAAUUCAAUGCUGUUCAAAGACACGCAACUUUGGCAAAUUUUAUGUCAGAUUUGCGACUUAAUCCACCCUGCUAUGUCAGGAAGCAACAAACAAAAAUACACGGGGAAUCAGAACUUCAAAUCACUUCGGCACGCUUGAAAGCUGAUCCAAAUGGUUGCCUCUUUUCUGUGCAAGCAUGAUGUCUUUCAGUGUGUUUAACUGUAAUAGCCUUCAUUGAGUAAUCUUAGUAGAAGCCAUGGUGCAUUUCUAUCCUGUGGCUCAUACGGAUUUCAAAUAACAGACAAGGAGAGAGAAACUUAGUAAAAGAAAAAGCUGGCAAAAGCACUGUUAAAAAUAAAGGACAAAGCCAGAUGCUACAUAGGCCAACACCACCGAAACUACUCCUUCUCAUAGGACAAAGAAAACCUAUUGUUACAUAUCAAGUUUGCUCUGCAAUACAUAAGGCGAUAUGUGACUGUGGUACGCCACAAAUAUCACAGUAUGAAGAGGGAUGAAGAAUAUUUGCUGGUGUGUCACCUGAAAUGAAUAGAGCUGAAUCAGUCCCGUUUAUUCCUUUAUUUAUGUUUUAUUUUCUCAAAGAUAUGUGAAUUAAAAACGUGCAAUGACAAAGGGUUCCGUGAAUUUUGUAUAAAGUUACAAUACUGCAGUUUCUCUUUUGAAUGAUGUUGUAAACUGGACUGUGUAAUACAUGUAUCUGUGAAUGUCCGUACAACCUGAGUUUUUUCUUUUCUUUGUCUAAAUGUUGAACAAAAAAGUGAUAUUAUUUGCUGUUUUCUGCAAUAAUAUUAUCUCAGAAACUAAAGCACAUAUCUCUCUCAACUGUAAAAAGUAUAAUUACAAUAACAGAAUAGAGUAAUAAUAAAGAUAAUAUUAAUAAUAAUGUAAUAAAAAUAAAGUCAUAGAGAUGUCUAGUCAGAGAUUAUUGUUUUGUAUAUUUCUAGUUGUUUCAUGGGCCUAAUGUAAAAUAUUCUAUGUAAAAAAUAUAAUAAAUGUCUUUAG